AUGCUAUCAAUAAAAAAAGCGGAGGAGGAAAUAGGCUUGGAGAUUUUGAACAGCAAUCGAAAUAGUAAACCCAUUCAGAAUCCUCGUCACCGUGUUAUUUAUUGUGGCAGAGAGAAGUUUAAUCAUUCCACAAAUCAUGACAACAAAGAGCUAAUUUCUCUCAUCUUCCAUGGAGGUGGUGGCUACGUAGAGGAUGUUAGCCGGUCUUGUUGGGAGAGUUUUGAACUACUCAAAAUACUCGACUUGGAAGAUUUUGGAGUGAAGGCUAUGUCAGAAUCAAUCGGCACUUUGAUUGAGUUAAGGUACUUGGGAUUAAGAAACAAUUACCUAACGAGGAUCCCACGCUCGUUGGGGGAUCUUGAAAAGCUUGAGGUUCUUGAUAUAGCUCAAAACUUUAUGGUGGAGGUGCCGGAUAUCAUAGGGGAAAUGGGCAGCCUUCGUAAUCUCCACAUGUCGGAUGUGAUUUUCCCGCAUCCUUUGAAAAUAGACACACUAGAGAAUCUCGAGACCUUAACCAACAUCUCGAUUUAUGAUUGGGCAGAGGUCUCGAGCUUGGAGACAUGGAAUCAUAUUACAAAAUUAGGCAUUGAAGAUGUUGAUGAAAACUUGGAUGUAGGCAAGCUCUUUGCUUCACUAGCUAAGUUAAAGAUACUCCAACACCUUACCUUGAGAGGGUUUCGUUUCAGAAGCAUGCCGUGUUUGGACAAGAUUGGUGUUGUACGUGAACUUUGGAAACUUAGAGUGGACGGACGCCUGGAUAGGCUACCACGUGCUAGUAAUUUCCCACUACGUAUUCGUGACUUGGUUUUGGUAAAUACUUGUCUUGAGGAAGAUCCCAUGCCGGUACUAGAGAAGUUGUCCUCUCUACAACGCCUCAGACUAUCGAAUGCAUUUACUGGUCGAGAAAUGGUGAUCCAGUAUGAGGGGUUCCCAGAGCUCGUUAGCCUUAGCAUCAACGAGUUGUGGAAUCUUAGAAACAUACAAGUUGGAAAGGAUGCAAUGUGGUGUCUCUGCCAACUAGAAAUCAUGAACUGUCCACAUCUUGAAACCCUGCCGGAAGGGAUUAGGUAUAUGGGGUUUUUGGAGCAGUUUAAGAUGAUAACAAUCAAACACGUUGCAACGAAGAUAAGAAGCUCGGGCUUAACCUCCCAAGCUUUUGAGAAUGAUAUCGAUCCAUAA